AUGGGGGCAACCCCUUUCCACCCCUCGAUCCUCAAGGUCCAGUUUCCGAGGAAUUUUGACAAGCCAACAGACAUGAGGUACGAUGGGACUAAGGACCCCCAAGAGCACCUCACAGCCUUUGAGGCACGAAUGAAUUUGGAAGGGGUAGGCAACGUAGUUAGGUGCCGAGCAUUUCCCAUAACACUGGCCGGUCCAGCAAUCCGAUGGUUUAACGCACUCUCACAAGGGUCCAUCACGACCUUCACGGACAUUUUCCAAAGCUUCCUAGCUCGAUUCACAACAUGCAUAGCCAAGGCCAAACACCCGAUUAACUUGCUAGGGGUCACCCAAAAGCCUGGGGAAUCGACUAGAAAGUUUCUGGACAGGUUCAACGAUGAAUGCUUGAAAAUCGACGGCCUCACAAACUCAGUUGCUAGUCUUUGCCUAACAAACGGCCUGCUAAACAAGGACUUUAGAAAGCACCUCACAACUAAGCAUGUAUGGACCAUGUAG